CGGUUAACGAAAUUCUCUUCCUUUGAUUUCUGCCUUUUUCCGCAUCUUACUGGCUUGGUCUAUAUUAACAGAAGUGGUGAGAACGCUUCCGUUAUUAAACAUCAUUCAUCAGCCAUGAACAGAAGAUGUCAUGCAUGCUGCAAAACCUUCGAAACCUUACAAGAAUGCCUGAAGCACGAUCUGCUGGAGCACAGUUUACAAAAUAAGAAAAUGAAUUGUAGCUUCAACAAUCUUUGCAAAGCUGCACUCAAAUUUUUAACAACGCCAGAAAAAUUGGAAGAGCGCGCUAAAGUACGAGAGUGUCUUAAUCAUUGCAAUGCAGGCGAUGAAUUGCUAACCAUUUUCCAAAUACUCUGCAUGAACAAUAAUAAUUUAGAAUUACAGUUCGAGCGUAUAAAAUCUUGCUUGCAUAGUGGACUAAAAGUCUUCGAAACUCAAUUGGAAAUUCAUGCAUUCGGUUCAAUUGUAAGCAAGCUGGCUCUAAGAGAUUGUGACAUUGAUGUUUAUUUGGACGUAAAGGAAAUACAGUUACAGGAGGCUAAUGGAACAUCAGGAAAACUAAAUUCACCUCCCUUUAUGCGGAACUCAAGUAAACAUGACACAAUAUUCAAUACUGUUUAUCGUAUUUUGAGGGAAAGUGAAAAUUUCUCACAAGUUCGGCCAAUACGUAGCGCUCGGGUGCCAAUAAUCAAAUGUAAACAUAAUUCCACGGGCUUUAGUAUUGAUAUUAAUGUCAGUUGCCCGAAUAGCUUGGAAAAUACUCGCUUUCUGCAGGCAAUAGUUGAAAGUGACGAUCGCAUACAUUCCAUGCUAUUGUUUCUAAAAAUAUGGGCAAAACAUAUGCAAAUCAUUAAUCGAGCCAAUGUCACCAGUUAUUGUCUGAUAAUUUUAGCGGUAUUUUAUUUACAACAGCCACUACAGGGCCAUGAUCGUUCCAUCAUACUGCCAGUGCAGAGAAUUCAACAAAAUCUCUGUGCACGUAUGGUACAAGGCAUAAAUUACUCCUUCGAUAUAGAAUGUGAAGAAAAUCGAGUCUAUUUGCCGGCUUCUAUUACCACGUUGGAUUUAAUUAAAGGGUUUUUUAAUUUUUAUAAAAAUCUCAAUAUAUCCGAAUACGUAUUGUCGCCAUAUUUGGGCGUAAAUAUAUUACGCAAAGAUUUUGUUGAUGACAAGUGCGCCUUUCUAGCAUAUCACAAUCAAUUGAUAACAGUUAGUCAGUAUUUUGGCGACGAUGCUCAACAAUUUGAAAUUGACCGCUGUGUAUGUAUUCAGGAUCCGUUUAAUCUUUCUCAUAAUAUAGCCAGAUCUAUGGUUAGAAACAAUAAAGAAUACUUUCAUUGCUGUCUCGCUUACGCCUGCACCAUAUGCGAGGAAAAUAACAACGCUUCAGCCAGGGAGUUAUAUGAAAAAUUACUAUAUGAUCCCUACAAAUCUAAAUAGACCAUACCACGAAUAGUAAAUGUUGCUUAUGUAUAUAUAGAUCGAACAAUUGUGCUAGCAAUGAGGACAAACACUAUUGAUAGAAUUUUAAAUAACGAAUGAAAGUUGUGCAUUGAUUUUACAUUUCCUCUCAGCCGCAGUGAUGUACGGGCCAUUACUGGUACUGUUGGCGAGCAUCAAGAUUUUUUAGAGAAUUUGCCAACUGGCAUUGCCGAAUGGCCCUCCUGCCGUAAACUUAACGAAGAAACAUCCUAUAAGCCGUUUCUUUACCAUAUUGAAAUUUAUUAUCGAAAAUUUCAACCUUAAAGAAGCAAUACAAUCAAUCAUCUUUAAUUCAAUGUGUCUUAGCUAACACCUACGACGGUUCGGAACAUUCGAAGACAAAUGAUAGCAAUUCAGUUGUUGACUACAUUUUCCUAUUGCUUUUAAAUUGGAUAUAAAUAUUUUUUUUU